AUGGGUGAAGAUGAUGCGCCAAAUUUUAAUAACAGAGAUGAAGAAGUUAAGUAUUGGAAGGAAACUGCAUUGCAGCUAAAAAUUAAAGUAGAUGAAUUAGAGAAAGAAUUAAUCGAAUUUCAAGAUAGUUCAUCUCAAUUAGAAAAAGAAUUGGAAAAAUCAUUAGAGCAUGCAGACAAAACAAAUAGGGAUUUAAAAACUAAAUGUAAUAGGUUGACAUUGGAUCUUGAUUCCUGCAGAGAAAAAUAUGAACAGCAGUGUCACCAGUCGAGUAAAGAAAUAGGUGAACUCCAGCAAAGAAUAUCUGAAUACAUGCAAAACGAAGAAAAACUAUUAAAAUACAUUAGAGACUUAGAACAAAAAAAUGAUGAUUUGGAAAGAGCUGAACGUGUUAUGAUUGAAUCGGUUAAAAGCAUAGAAGCAAAAUUAAAUAGUGCAAUCGAAAGAAAUGCACUCUUAGAAAAUGAAGUAGAUGAAAAAGAGACCUUGAAAGCAAUGGUUCAAAGACUCAAAGAUGAACAAAGAGAUAUGCAGCAAGAUUUAAAUAGGCAACAAUGGCAGAAUGUGCCGGAUAAUAAUAAAAUAAUUGAAAGAAGAAGAAGCCCAGCUGAAAUUAAUAAAAUGUCCAUGGAUAAUCAAUCUGCUCCUGCAUCAAUGAAAAGUAAGAAAAACAAAAUUUAUAGGCACGCUUUACCUUGUGAAAAUUCCUUAUCUUCUAUGCAUGAUAAGUAUAAAGAAUCCGUUGGACAAUUAUCACCUCCCCAUAGGAUAUCGGCAAUUAAUUUAGUAGGAGAUUUAUUAAGAAAAGUUGGGGUGAGUCUUAAUAAUUUUUUUUAUUUAUUUUUAAUUAACCUUAUUUAUUUGUCAUCGUAUUAUUAUUAUUAUUAUUAUUAUUAUUAUUAUUAUUAUUAUUAUUAUUAUUCAACAACCAUUUCAAAUAACCUGCUACGAAAUAAAAAAAAAAAAAAAAAAACUUGUUGA